GGGGCCCCCCUGUUGUCCCCGGCCCCGGGGGGUGAGUAGGCCUGGGGGGGCCCUGCCGCCCCUCGGCCCUACCCGGCCUCCCCCAGGGCCCCCUGGGCCCGGCCAGCCCCCCCUUUCUCCCCCCUUGGCCUGCAGGUGUCCCCCAGUGUCCCCUCCUCGGUGCCCAAGGGUGGCUAUGGCGUCCCCCCCGGCGCCCCCAGCCAAGAAGAGGAAGAUGAACUUCUCGGAGCGGGAGGUGGAGAUCAUCGUGGAGGAGCUGGAGCGAGGCAAGCACCUCCUCAUCAACCACUUCAACGCCGGCGUGCCCCUGGCCGCCAAGGCCGCCGCCUGGCACGACAUCCUGCGCCGCGUCAACGCCGUGGCCACCUGCCACCGCGAGCUGCCCGAGGUCAAGAAGAAAUGGUCCGACCUCAAGACCGAGGUGCGGCGGAAAGUAGCCCAAGUCCGGGCUGCCAUGGAAGGAGGAGGCGAGAGUCAGAACGGCAACGGCAACGGGCCGGAGAGCGAAGACCCCACGGGCGCCGCCGCCGCCCCCGUUAUCCUCACCCCCAUGCAGCAGCGCAUCUGCAACCUGCUGGGAGAAGCCACCAUCAUCAGUUUGCCGAGUGGGGACUGCAGCGGGGGGGACGGGACCGAGAUACCCAUCACCGCCUCGGCCACCACCGUCACCCUGACCCAGAUUCCUGCAGAGACAACCUACCACAGUCUGGAGGACGGGGUGGUGGAGUACUGCACAACCGAAGCCCCCACCACGGUCACGGCCGAAGCGCCCUUGGAGAUGAUGGCUCAUCAACACGAAGUGUCCGCGAAACCCCAGGAGCUGAAAAGCCGAAUUGCCCUCAACUCGGCCAAGCUCUUGCAGGAGCAGCGAGUGACCAACUUGCACGUGAAGGAGAUCGCCCAGCACCUGGAGCAGCAGAACGACUUGCUGCAGAUGAUUCGGCGCUCUCAGGAGGUGCAGGCGUGCGCCCAGGAGCGACAGGCACAAGCCAUGGAAGGAACCCAGGCGGCACUGAGUGCCCUCAUCCAGGUCCUCCGCCCCAUGAUUAAGGACUUCCGUCGAUUUUUGCAGAGCAAUACACCCAGCCCGUCAGUCACCGCUGACCCCAGCCAGACGGGGCAGCAAGAUGGCAUGAUCCAGUGAAAGAAACAGCGGUGGGACGUCUUUCUUGGGGGAAAAAUCUGCCCGUGGUGCCAGUGGACGCAGGGAGGGAGGGGUGGUAGCUCCUGUCAAUGUGAAAUGGCUCGCCUUGGAGUCUUGCUGAGCCUAAAGAGCUUUUUCUGCUAAUCUCAUGCUAAUCUGCCUAUUCAGACUCGUCAUACAGAGCAGGAGCAGGAUGUGUAAUAAACCAGGAACUUAACACUGGUUGCUUUAGUUCCUCAAACAAUAGAUUUAUUUAAAAAAGACAGUUAUUUUUUUAUUUCUGUUUGGAAAAAACUCUCUGAAGUAUGACACCACUCUCUUUCUCUCUCUCAAGAUCUAGAGCCUUUAACUGACUCCUAACCUGGAGAAUCUUGUUGCGAUAUCACAGCCCUGCAGCUGCCAAGGUACAGUUAUCAUAAACGGUAGUGAAGGCACUUCUGUCUCUUGCUGAAAGCAUUUACUGGAAACGGGGUGCAGAUGUGGUACAACCUUCUCUCUGCACCGAGAGUUAUGGAUCCUGCUCUUGCAGUGUGACAUCCAGCACUUUCAGACCAACACCGAGCCUACGUACAGUUUAAAUCCCACCCACGUGCCCUGAGGAUAAAAAUGGGAUUCAAAUAGUGCAUUCACCUCAUGUUCUAUCUGCUCGCGGUUGUGAAAUUUCACUGUAAACUUGGCAGAUGUGAUGAAAAAUUCAUGUCUUGGUUACCAGAGACGGUGCUGGGAUACGUAUCGGAAGCAACGCGUUGCCUGUCUCAGCAUAAUUAAUCCACAAGGGCCUGGAUGAGUUUCACGCAGGUGGGUGUAACAGGUGAAACUCCAUCUCUGUCUCAUCUGCGUAGUUUGUCACCUCUACGAUACCUUCAUCCAUCAAAAUGGACCUGGACUGCAGAGCUUCAGCCACACAGUAAUUGCCAACAGCCUACUUUUAGGAGUUUGUUAGCCACUGGUUUAAUGGAGGGAAUUUUUGGAGUGUUAUUUGGUUCUGCUGGUGAUGGUGGUCUUUGGUCUGUACUGGUUAGGACUGGAAGCAAGCUGGCUGGCUCCCAGCAGUGUUCUGAGGACCGGGGCUGAGGUUCACCACACUAUUUCCUUCCCAUUCUACCAGGUAAAACAACAUCGCAGCCACUUUCCUCCUCUUUGAGGUGCUCGGGCCGUGGGGCUUGGUCCUCGAUGAGAAAACUGCAUUUCACAGGGUGACGAAUGUGAUUCUCACAGACUUGCAGUAACUUCAUAAACAUUUAGAUGAAAAGCUCUGCUUGUACAUGUAUGGAAGCAAACUUCCCCAAAAAAAAAAUAGAAGGAAGCAUAA